GCUGUGGAGGGAGCAGGCUCAGAGCCUCAGAACUCUGCCCUUCUCUCCAACUUUUAUUAGGGAUCCCGCUUUCCUCCUCUGUGAGAAGCCAGAGCCGGAGGCUUCAUUCCUGGGAAAGAGUGCCCUCUAGUGCUGGGAGAGUGAAGGCCAGAGGAGGGAGCUGCUGGCCAAGGAGGGCAGGGCCGAAGCCAAGUCUGAAAGGGAGGAGCUGCCAGCCAAUGAGGGGUGAGCUGCCUGUACCCUGACCUGCCCGGGAUCCCCAGGGCCGCCAUCCACUCUCCCUGCCAGUGUCCCUGGACCGCGUGAGGAUGCUGCCGUGGCUUCUUGUCUUCUCCACGCUGGGUCUCGGGGCCUGGGGUGAUUCUUCCUGGGAUAAAACACAAGUCAAGAACUUGUCAGAGAGGCUCCAGGAUCUGUUUGGCAACAUCUCCCAGCUCACUGGCAAAGGCAGACUGGGUCUGUAUGAUGUCUCCACCAUGGUCUCUCGUAAGGAGUGGGGGGCAGGAGCUGUUGGCUGUAACUCCCCACUGACGAUGCCGGUGGGUUUCCUCGUCACACACCACCUGCCCGGACUGGAGUGUCACGACCAGACCACCUGCAGUCAGAGGGUGCGGGAGCUGCAGGCCCAUCACGUGCACAAGAACAGCUGGUGUGACGUGGCCUACAACUUCCUGGUUGGAGACGAUGGCAGGGUGUAUGAAGGUGUCGGCUGGGGCAUGCAAGGCGUGCACACACAGGGCUAUAACAACAUCUCCCUGGGUUUUGUCUUCUUCGGCACAAAGGAAGGCCACAGUCCCAGCCCUGCUGCCCUGUCAGCCAUGGAGAACCUGGUGGCCUAUGCUGUCCGGAAGGGCCACUUGUCACCCAUGUACGUUCAGCCAUUUCUUGUGAAAGGCGAGAACUGCCUGGUCCCUUUGCAGAAGGGGAGUCCCAAGAAAGCUUGCCCUGACAUUGUAUCUCGGUCUGCUUGGGAGGCCAGGGAGACCCAUUGCCCCAAGAUGACCCUCCCAGCUAAGUACGCCAUCAUCAUCCACACCGCAGAGAGAACCUGCAACACAUCUGAGGAAUGCCGCAGACUCGUCCAAACUAUGCAGUCUCUUCUUGUGGACAGAUUUGACUCAUGUGACAUUCCGUAUAACUUCCUUGUGGGUCAAGAUGGUGCCAUUUAUGAAGGAGUGGGCUGGAAUGUCCAAGGCUCCCGAAAUCCUGGCUACAAUGACAUUGCCUUGGGCAUUGCCUUCAUGGGCACCUUCUCAGGUACCCCACCCAAUGCUGCAGCACUGGAGGCAGCUCAGACCCUGAUCCAGUGUGCAGUGGACAAGGGGUACCUGACUCCCGACUACCUGCUGGUGGGACAGAGUGAUAUUGUCAACACUCUCUCUCCUGGCAAGGCUUUGUACAACAUCAUCAGCACCUGGCCCCACUUCAAACAGUGAGCGGGGGCAGAUCCCUGCUCCCUUGGAGACUGCUCUGCCAACUUCCUCCACAAGCUCGAAGCCAUCCCGUCCUCACAUUCCACCUCGGCUCAACACCUCGUGUCCGCCCCCCAGGGAGUCCUGCCAUGUCUCUCCUGUCUUAGAGGGUUGGGAUGACCACUGAGUGUGGGCCCAGCCUUCCCCUGUCCUUACCUUUCUCUCCUCUUCGUACCCACCUCCCCAGCCUACUGGGAUUGGGCUGAGUGAAGACCCAGAGUCAUGGGGCUCUGCAGCCCUCCCUGCCUGGGCUCUUCCAUCUGUUAUUGGAAAGACAGAAAUAUUUGUGGUUUUUCCCCCCCGGCUCUUAGUUUGGAAGAAAGGAGAGGAAAGAAAGAGAAAAACAGAUGGAACCAAUAAAAGGGGAAAAUGUAUAUGAAAAGGAGUAGAUUGGGAACAGAGCUGUAUUAGUUCUCUUCUCCUAUCACAUGUCUGCUUCCCUAUCUCCGGGGAUAUCCUCACACGGUUUCUCUCAACUCUACCCCCACCACUUCCUCCUGUCCAAAUACUCCCCUCUAAGUGAGCAGCACUUUAAGCUGUAUGUCUGCUUCUUGAUUUGCCUGGAUUAUAAACUGUAAUCCAGGCAAAUGGAUUACUGUGGGCAGUGACUAAUGGACUGGCAAGAGUAAAAUCAGAUCAUUGAUGUCCCUUUGAAUGCUCAUCAAAGGUAUUUGUUCCUGAAUGGAGUCAUAAUAAUCAGGUAGAUAAGAUGAUUGCAGUCAGUCUAUUUUACUAACCACAUGGGUACUUGCUCAAGGGACCCAUGUAAAAAGUGACCCUGUGGCAGAGAUGAAGGCAAUGCCUGGGCCCAACCACAAUGUAUUUCCCCAUCACAAAACCAAGCUGGCCACCCUGCCCAUAGCAGAGGCCAUUGAUGAGUUGCCAACUAGCACUACUACCUGGGAGAUCCAGCCACAAUCUUGCAGCAGGCUGACUACUUUGUGGUGGGGUUAGUCACUUGUCCUCCCUAGAACAGGUACUUGAGGGGGAUAUGCCACCUUGCACACAGUGCUUCUGGCACCACCAGCUGUGAAAUUCUAGAAUGCCUUAUUCACACUCCUGGUGUCUCACAGCAUUGUUUCUGACAGAUACACCAUCGACAGCAAAGCAGGCAUGGUGGAGGAUGGUAGCCCCAGCAGAGAUUUUGAAUACUUCCCUGCCUCCAAUAAAAAGACACACAGUAACAAGGUUAGCGAAAGAAACAAAAAUCCACAAGCAAAAUCAACACACCUAGGUGAUGGUCUCCUCACAGACCCCAAAUUCGAGCGAAUGGGAACCAACCACCAACUGCCAUAGAUCUAUACCUUUUUGGCAUCUGUGCAAGAGGAAGCAGAGGGAGACAGCAGGGUGCCUGGUGGAUCUGGGACUUCAAAUGACCAAGAUGAACUUACCUAAAGUUUAGACAGCCCAGCAGCUAACACCAGAGAGGUUUACACUCCCCAAAUGUGUGUAAACACAGAGUUUAUGGUGAUAUCUGUGGGACCUGGAGCAGUCUGGGUCCCAUGAUUCUCAAAAAAGCAGCCAAAGUUCCAUCUUGAAUAAAGUCUCAAAGAGGAGAGCAUCUGGAACAGACUCUAAGGUCAUAGAUCAGAGAUACAAAAGAAAAAAAGGUUCAGAUAAGAGGGAGGAAAGGGAGUCCAGCUGUGAAUAGAAGCCACCAAUCUUUGAACACUUGCCGGACAAGAAUGAGGAACAGGGAGCCCUAGAGGGAUGUGAUUAGAAAAGCUAUUCAAAAGCAAACCCUUUAAAGGUUCAGGGAAACUAAUUUGAUAUAAAAUAAGCAACAGAAAACAAUUAAGGUUUAAUAUCAUUUAAGUUAUUAUAAGAAAAAGAGGCAUAGAUGAGGUUGUGAGGGUCGGCCCUCAUGAUAGGACUAGUGUUCUCACUGGAAGGGGCAUCAGGGAGCUCUGUCCCUCUCCCCAUUGUGUGAGGACACAGUGAGAAGACAGCUGUCUACCUCCAGGAAAAGGGUUAGCACCAGAACCUGACCCUGCUGGUACCUGGAUCUUAGACCACCAGCCUCCAGAAC